AUGAAAAGAGAAGCUGUUCAUGUACUUGUAAAUGAUGAGAUAGAAAAUGAUAAAAUCGAAAAAACCAAAGAAGAUAUACUUUUAGAAUAUUUGAGAGAUAAUAAUAUAAAAUCAUGUAAUUUUUUGAAUAGUAUAUGGAUAUAUUAUUAUUAUAAUAAUAUAAAAACUCUUACUAAGAAAAUCAAGGAGUUACAAAAUGAGAAGAAUAAUAAAAUAGAUUUACAAAAGUAUUUGCUAACCUUAAGCAUAAAUAUUAAUGAGGCCAUUACCUAUUUUGAGGAGAUUUUGAUACAUGUUAUGAAAGCAUAUGAUCAGAAAAAAUAUGAUUACGUUUUGUAUAUGAUUAGAGUUACAUCUAUAACAAAUAAGUAUGCAAAUUAUUUGAAAAAAUAUGAGGGAAAAUAUAUAUAUAGAAGUCUAAGUAAUGAUACAUAUGAAUAUGAUAAUUAUGUGAAUAAUAUUAUAGAUAAAUUUCAUGCAGAAGAAAAGAAAAGAAGGAACAAUGAAAAGGAAAAGGAAACAAGUAGGAUGGAAGAAAUAAAGAAUGUAGAUAUUAUAAACAAAAUACAGGACAGAAAUAGAACCAAACGAACAUGUAGUAAUAAUAAUAUGGAGGAGGAAUACGUUCAUUUAUACAAGAAUUUGGAAUUGUGUAGAAUAUGUGUUAGUAGCAUAUUUAAAAUCUUUGGAGAUUUGUUUAGAUAUAAAUAUUAUUUUUUUGAAGAAAGUAAGAAAGUGAAUGAAAUAAAAGCAUGUAUAAAUUAUUACAAUUCUUUAAAUUAUUAUGGAUAUAACGGUUAUUUAUUUAACCAGAUAUGUCUAUUAUAUGUUAAUUAUAAUCCUAUAAAAUGUAUGUUCUUUUAUUUUUUAUCUAUUAUAUCGCAUAAACCUUCUAUGAAUAGAGAUACGAUAGUUAUGUUUAUGGAAAGCAUAUUAAAUGAAAGAAAAAGGAUGAGUAGAUUCAUGGAAGAUUCAAAGAGAUAUAAAGAUGGAAAUAUAUGUAACAAGAAUAUAAAUGAAAAAUCGAGUACCUUCAUUAGUAACAAGAGGAAUGAAUAUAAUAAAAGUGAUUAUUUUGAUAGUAAUCGACUUGGUAGUAAAUAUAUAUAUCGUAUGAAUGGACAUCAUCAUCAUAAUAAUAAUAAUAAUUAUUAUUAUUAUAAUGAAAAGGAAUAUGAUUGUCAUCAUAGAUAUAAUAGAGAAUAUACUUAUUAUGAUAAUUAUUAUAAUUAUUAUUAUGCAAUACGUAAAUCAAGAUAUGGGUAUCAAAGUUACAGGAAUAAUCAUAAAAUCAACCCAAGUAAUUUUAUUAAUUCCUCCUUUGCAGACAUCAAAAGGGAUAAUGAAAUGUCAUGUAAUAAUAGACGCAGUAGUACUAAUAGUACCAGUAGUAAUAAUAAGAAGUAUAGUAAUGUGAAUAGAUAUAUGAAAAGUUAUGAUUACCUACAUAGAAAGGAAAAUUCUGAAUAUUCCCAUGUUAAAAAUAGAGAAGAAAAUAUUUAUUUAUGCUAUAAGGAUUGUAAAAAUAAAAUAAAAAAAAUGUUUCUAAAGGAAAAAAAAAAAUAUAUUCAAAAUGAAAAAGAAAAGAAUGAUGAAGAUGUAGUAAUAGAAUCAAAAAGUGAAAAGAAUGAAGAAUUACUUAAUGAAGUUGAUAAAGAUGUCGAAAAAAAAAUAGACGAUGAUAACAAAAAGAAUAACAUCAUUUCAAAAACUAAUAAUAUGAAUAACCAUGAUAAUACAAUAGAAAUGAAACUCAAUGAAACAAUAAUAAAUUUUUAUAUUAGUUAUUUUAAGAUUAUAAAAUUAUUAUUUUCAAAAAUAGAUAUGAACAAAUUUGAAAAGAAAAAAAAUAAAUUUAUAUAUUAUACAAAUAAAUAUUUAAGAAUUCAAUAUUAUAAUAAUAAAGAAGAUAAAUUAAUGUUAAAAAAUAUAAUCUUAAUAAUUUUUACACUCUUGAGUAUGAUAGUAUAUAUUAUUAUAAAUCAUUAUGAAAAUAAAAGAAAUACAAUUGGUUUCUUUUUUUAUGGAAAUAUUAAUAUAAGGAAAUAUAUAUAUAAAAAUGAACAGAUCUAUUUUUCAUUUGUAUUAAUUCAUGAUAUAUUAUUAUCAUGUAAAUAUUUUUAUGAACAUUUUUAUUCAAAUUACUUAUCCGUUUUUAUAUAUACAUUAUAUUGGUUAAAAAACGAGCACAAUCUUUUUAAUUAUCAUAUGGAUAUAUUAAAUGAAGAAGAUGAUAAGGAAAAAAAUUCUUUAAUUAAUCAAUAUCAUGAAGAUUAUAAAAAAAAAAAAACUGUAUAUCUGAUUACACCCAAAGUAAAAGGGAAUAUUAAAAUGAAGGGUAAUUUCCAUGACUCUAAGGACAAUACUUUAAAUUGCAUUUCCAAUGAUAAUAAAAAGUCAGGUGAUAAAAAUGAUGUACACGCUACAAAUUCGGCGAGUAUGAAUAAUAUGUAUGAUGAUAUCAAUAGGUUAGAUAAAAAUAAAGAUAUUAUCAAAAGUAUAAAAGAAUUGUUAUGUAGCUUAAAUGUGAAGGAGGACAUACAAGUGGAUAAUUCUUAUUUGCAUUUUAAAUUGAAGGAAGAUUUUUAUAUUCAUCCGUUUUUAAGCGUGUUACAAUUUAAGAAAAUGGACAAUGCAAAAAAUGAGCAGGCUGAAAAAUGUAAAGAUGUAAAAUGUGAAGAUGUAAAAUGUGAAGAUGUAAAAUGUAAAGAUGUAAAAUGUAAAGAUGUAAAAUGUAAAGAUGUAAAAUGUGAAGAUGUAAAAUGUAAAGAUGUAAAAUGUGAAGAUGUAAAAUUUAAGGAUGCAAAAUAUAAGGAGGAUACAAAAUAUAUGGAGGAUAAAAUAAAGGUAAAUGUAAAAAACGGCAUACAUUUCAAUGUUGAAAAAAAUAAAAACAAUUCAUCUGUUUCUUCUGCUGAAGAAUAUUCUCUUGAAGAUUCAAAUGAUGAUGAUGAUAUUGUUGUUUUAAAAAAUCCUUUAUUUGAAAAACCAGAUGAUAAGUUACCUGAAAGUAUAAUAGACUAUAAAAUGAUGAGACUAAAUAAAAAAUUAGAUUCUUUUAAUAAUUUAUAUGAUAAGUGUAUAGAACCUAUAAGUACUAAUAAUUCAGAUAUAACAAAAAAAGGGAAUGAUUUGUCGGAGAUGGAUACUGAAGAUAACAAAUUAAAAGAUUUAAAUUCAUCAAUAUAUGUUGAUGAGAAUAUAGAGAAAGAGUCAUCUCUAAUAUCAGAUAAAAAGGAGGAUUGUAUAGAGACAGCAGAAUAUAUUAUAGCUACAAAAAAUAUUGAUUAUGAUAUAGAACUUGAGAAAAAGAUAAAAAUUUCCAGAUACCUUUCUUUAGUUGACGAUGUAAUAAAAAAAAACAAAAUGGAUACAAAUAAAAAUAUAAAUGAAGAUAUACGUUAUAAUAUUUUUUUUGAAAGUUUAUAUAUUAAAUGUGUUGAAAUUGAGGAAGAAAAUAUCAAACUUAAAAAUGUAAAGAUGGAAUAUGAGAACAAAAAUGUUAGUUAUAAUAUACAUAAUAAUGAUAAUAUAGAGGAUUGCAUAAAUAUAGAUAAAAAAGAAGAGAUACUUAAUACUAAUAAUUUUUGCGAUAAUAAAAGAUUCAGUUUUACUAAGAUAAAAAAGAUAGAUGAUAAUAUUCCUAUGGAAGAUGUAGAAAAUACAUAUGCUGCUUUAUAUGAAAAUAUUAUUAAAAGAAAAAGUACUGAACAAGUUAAUGUAUCAUAUAAGGGGAAAGAUAUUAUGCAUGAUAAUAAGGACAGUCAUAACGAGAAGCCUAUAAAUAAGGACACCAAAUGUAUUAUUUUCAAUACCUCAAGUAUUACAACUAUGAAUAGUAUAAAGAAUGAAGAAGAGAGGGAGAUGGAUAUGUUUAAGAAGGGAUAUGAACAGAAUAAUGAUUAUAAUAAAUUAAUAGAAAAUAAUGAAGUAAAGAAAAUGAAAGGUGAUAAGAUCAAAGAUUAUGAUAUGAAGAAUACAUUUAAUUAUAAAUAUAAGGAAACAGAUUCUUUAGAAAAUUCAAACAACAUUUGUGUAAUUAAAAGCAUUAUGAUAAAUAAAAAUAAUAAUAUGGUGGAUGACAAACAAUGUUUAAAUAAUAAUAAAAAUGUAUGUAAUCAUUCUGUAGACAAUGUAGAAAAUAUAACCUGUGUUAAUAAAAAAGAUGUAAUCAUACAUCCUAAUAUUAUUGAAGGUAAUCAUGUAAACCAAUUAGGUGUGUAUAAGGAUGAUGAUUUUUAUGAAGGUUCUGAUAAUAAUAAAUAUAAAAAUGUGAAUAAAACAAAUGAUAAUAUUGAUAAUACAAAUAAAUUUGAUAUAAUGGAAAAUAGGAAUGUUAUGGAUGCAUCUCUAAAUGAUGAUUUGCAAAUGUUAAGCAAAUCUUUUAAUGUUAAAUCGAAUGGAAUAUUAAAUAAAAGAGAAGUUGAUAAUACUGAUUUGACAUUCAUGGGUGAAAAUUGUUUCAUGAAAGAAAAGUGUAUGGAACAUGAAUACGACAGCAACAAAAAAAAUAAUGACAACAGCAAAAAAAAUAAUGACAAUAAUAAUAAUGAGAAUAAAUAUGAUGUGAAUAAUUUAUCGAUGCGUAAAAAUAUAAAUGUUACAAAGGGGAUGUUAGAAGACUCUUUUGAAAAGUAUGACUUUUUGAAAAAUGACAAAGACACAAAUAAAUCCUUAAAUAAUAAUUAUAAUAAUUGGAGUGAGCCACCUUUGCGUAAUAACAAUUCUUUAUUUGAUUAUAAUAAUACUUAUAGGGAACAAUCCAAUGUACUUUAUAAAAAUCUUAAUUAUCAAGAUAGCGAUAUUAUUAAUCAUCAUAAAGAAACGAAUAAAAAUCAUAUUAUAUCUGCUAACGAUGUUUUAAAUAGAGCAUUAUAUCUAAAGAGUGCAGAAAGACAUAAUUUAUAUCUAUUGUUAAAAAAGGAAAAACAAAAAAUUAUAUUAAUUGACGGAAAAAAUAUUGGAACUAGGUAUCAAAAUAAUUAUAUAAAAUAUUUUGAUGUCUUGAGAAUAAAGCAUGCUUUAGAAUAUUAUAAAAAAAAAGAAUAUAAUGUAAAAAUUAUUAUUCCAAAGGAAUAUAUAUUAUUAGAGAAGACAAAAAGAUAUAUGAAUAAAAGUAUAUCAUCCUGCAACGCCACCACCACCACCACCACCAACAACAACAACAACAACAACAAUAAUAAUAAUAAUAAUAAUAAUAGUAGUAGUAGUAGUAGUUAUUGUGAUGUGUAUAAAAAUAUAAAUACUAACGUUUAUAAUAAUGUAUAUAACAAUGUGUAUAAUAACGUGUUUAAUAAUGUUCAUAAUAAUAUACAUAAUAAUAUAUAUAACAAUACAUAUCAAAAUAAUAAUAGUUAUGAAUAUAAUAAUAUCUAUCCUAAUAAUAAUUAUAACCAUAUGGAUUCUAGUAAAAGUCCUAAUGAUCAUGGUGAUAUAUGUAAUUACCAUCAUUGUAAUUAUCAUCAUUCAAGUGAGGGAUACCCUCAAUCUUUUGAGUUUGCUUUAAAGAAAGAAGAUUUAUUAUAUUUACAACAUUUAAAUAUUUUAGGUUAUUUAAUAAUAGAACCAAUCGAAAAUUAUUAUCAUUCUUGUAUUGAACACAUUAUCAAAUCUAAUUCUUGUUUAGUAACAAAUAUAUCUAUAUCUCAAUUGGAUAGUGGCUUUCAUCAUUUGCAUAUUACAUCUAAAACACUCUCCUCUUAUUUUAUAUCCUAUACAUUCCUAGGGGAUGAAUUUUUACCUAACCCUAAUUUUAAUUGGCCUUCAUAA